AUGCUGCAAGAAGUAGCUCAGAAAAUUGCGGCAUUGAAGGUGGAGCUGCGGAAGAAAGACGCUGCAAUUGCGAGACUUGUUCGUAAAUUGCAAAGAGCUAGAGCUGGUGUUGUCGAUGACGACAGUGAAGGUGAGUGCGAGGAUGAGAGUUAUUGUGACGAGGAGGGUGACGCAAACUAUGGGGAGGAGAUAGCAGACCGGAUGGAUGUGGCGUUAGAAAGGAAACAAUUGCACGAGGAUGAGGAAGAUCAGACCGAGAAGGAUUCGGAGGAAGAGAAGCACGGUGAGGAGGAUGAGAAGCAGGCCGACGGGAAGGAGAAACAUGGUCUGGAGGAGAAGAAGUAA